GUAGUUUCAGUUUCAAGCUGUCCAUUCAGUUGACUGCGGUCGCUUACCACGAUCGAGGCCGGUUCAUUAUUUGCCUAACUCGCGAUAACGAACUAAUUGUACCUAUUAACGAGCUCUCGUCACCUGCCUCUUCGAUUAUACACCUCUCAAAAGUUUCACGGACAUUCACUACGAUCUUCUCGAACGGUCACCAUGCGGUGUUUCUUGCUCAUCUCGCUUCUGUCUACGUGUUACCAUUCUGGAUCGAGUUUCGUACGAGACAAGAGAUAUUUGGUGUUCCCGCCGCCGAGCAACGUAGCGCCGACCAAAGUGCAGUUAAUCCUCGGCCUCGGUUUACCCAUGGAAGUCGACGUCAGCAUGAUUAUCGGAUAUGUGAUGAAAUUUAAUUACGUGCUGCCCUAUAACGCCUCCUACUUGACGGAUUCAUACGUUCGCUAUGACAGAUCGAUCAGCCCCGGUGUCGAGGUCGACGGCAAUGACGCUCCAACGUCGGAUCACCAAGGAGUUGCACGUGUCAUCAACAGAUGGGAAAUUUACGAAAUUCUGGAAUCGGUUCUCGGCGAUUCGCGAUCGGGCAAGGCUUGCCUUUUAAGGGCGAUCUGCGAGGCCUCAGCGGCGCCUUUCAACCGAGUUCACGGUCUCAGCUCUCAGCUCGUUCAUCUUCUGCUCACGCCGUCGACCACCUCGGAGCCUUUCAGGACUGACUUUGAUCGAGUGUAUCACGCUGCUGAAAUUAUGGGCCGACAAGGAGUCAGUCCUUGCGAUAAUUUAUUCGCGGAAUGUACGGAAAGCCUUCUGGAUUACUUUACAGAGGUUUACGAAUGAUCGUUUGCCUAACAUCGCCUGCAAUAUGUUGACUUAAUUGAUAGAAGAAUAAACUUGACACCGCUUCA